GGCCUUGGAGCCGGUCAUAACUCUGAGAAUGGGUCCAGAGAGGAUCUGUCCAAAUGAGCAUGAAGAGGUGGGGCUACAAGAGACAUCUGAUGGAACUCCUGAUCCUGCUGGAGAAUGGAGUAGUGAGGAACCGGAGGAGGAGGAAGAAGAAGAAGGCAGUCAUGGCUACUUAUAUCAACCACUGAACCAAGAUCCAGACCAGGGACCAGCAACCAUUGAAGAAACAGAACCCAGCACAGAGCCAGUCCUUGACAUCCGUGAGCGACUUCAGGCAAUGAGACUGCACCUGCCUGAUCCACCUGUGGACAGUGAUGAGGAAGAAGGAUCCACAGCCCAGAGCAGCCGAAGCUCCAUCCCUAUGGAUCCAGAACAUGUGGAGUUGGUGAAACGGACAAUGGCUGGAGUCAAGCUUCCCACACUGGGAAUACCUUCAUGGGCCAGUGAGAUCUCAGAUGAUCAGUGGCAAGCUAUGGUGCAGCGAACACUGCAAGCUCGGCAGAAUCCAGUCAGUUCUAGGCCAGAAUGGAAAUGAAGAUGCAGAUCCGAUAGUAGAUUCCCUGCCGAGAAGGGAAACUUUUUGCUGA